GCGGCACGGUGGUUCAGCUGGUACAGCGUUGGGCUCACAGUUCUGAGGACCCGGGUUCGAUCCCGGCCCUGCCUGUGUGGAGUUUGCAUGUUCUCCCCUGUUUUCUCCAGCCACUCCGGUUUUCUCCCACAUCCCCCAAAAAACGUGCAACAUUAAUUGGACACUCUAAAUUGCCCCUAGGUGUGAUUGUGAGUGCGACUGUUUGUCUCGACGUGGCCUGCGAAUGGCUGGCAACCAGUUCAGGGUGUACCCUGCUUUCUGCCCGUUGACAACUGGGAUAGGCUCCAGUACUCCCCGCUACCCUCGUGAGGAUAAGCGGCAAAGAAAAUGGAAAAAUGGAAAAUUCAUACCUGUCUAACAGCAUUUUUUUUUUUUUUUUAUGUUUACAAAUUUUUCAAAAAGCAACUGUUCCCAUUACCUUUGUGUCAAAAUCAUGUCAACCUUAAAUCUUGACUGAGCUCUACCUUCUUUUUGAUCCGGCGCUUGUAUUCAAGUCAACAAAUGUGCAAAAGAGCUUUGCUGCACAAUUAUAAAUGGUAAUUUCUGAAGCAAAUGCAUCUUUUUGUAGCUUUAAAACAUCAGCAUGCAUAACGUGCAGCGAUUACCUUUUCACUAAUUUCCACUUUUUCUCCCCUUUUGCUGUCAUCUCCUCAGGAAGUGGAGGUCAGUUCUUCUACGUAUUAAUAUACUGUACAUUCACAGCCCGCACUGUACGUCUUUAUGCAUGGCCUCGACGUCAUAUUCAAAUUCCGAGCACCGCAAAGCACUCGAAUAGCAGCAGGCCCACCCUGCGCCAUAUGCCUGGCGUACAGGAUGAUUAUGUGCGCAACUGGGAUGAGAAUCAAGGCUCAAGUGACAACGUGGACACCACCAAGGACCCCUGCCAAAAGGUUAAGUGCAGCAGGCACAAGGUGUGCAUGGCCCAGGGCUACCAGAGAGCCGUCUGCAUCAACCGCAAGAAGCUGGAGCACCGACUCAAGCAGCCCGCUCUCAGGUCCUCUGACGGCAACUGUCAGCCGUGUCCCAUCUCCUCCACCGGGCCCGUGUGCGGAUCCGACGGACACAACUACGCCUCAAGGUGCAAACUGGAGCAGCAGGCGUGUCUCACGGGGAAGGAGCUGACCCUCAAGUGCUCGGGUCUGUGCCCGUGCUCCACCGCCGCUCCCGCCGCCAAGCAGGAGAGUAAACGCGAGAGCUGCACCGGACAGGAUCUGGCUGAUCUCGGCGAGCGUCUUCGGGACUGGUUCCAACUCCUUCAGAGCAACGCCAAGCAGAACAAUAACAGCAAGCCCGGGGCCAAGAGCACCGCAGCCAACAUUGAAACCGUGCUGGACAGGAGCCUGGUGGCCAGCUGUAAGGACUCUGUAGGUUGGAUGUUCUCCAAGCUGGACACCAACAGCGACCUGUACCUGGACCAGGCCGAGCUGGCCGCCAUCAACCUAGACAAGUACGAGAUCUGCAUCCGUCCCUUCUUCAACUCGUGCGACUCCUACAAGGACGGCAAAGUGUCCACGGCCGAGUGGUGCCUGUGCUUCUGGAGGGAGAAACCACCCUGCCUGGCCGAGCUGGAGAGGAUCCAAGUGUUAGAUGGCGGCAAAAGAAAGUUUGGUCGUUUCAUCCCAAACUGCGAUGAGGACGGCUUCUACAGGAAGCUGCAGUGUGACCGGGGCGAGUGCUGGUGCGUGGACCAGUACGGCGGUGAAGUCGCCGGGUCGAGGAUUCGCGCAAAACCAGAUUGCGACGACGGACCCGCGUAUUCGGGCGACUUCGGCAGCGGCGUGGGCUGGGAAGACGAAGAAGAGAAAGGCGGCGAGGAGACCGCCGAGGAGGCGGAGGAGGAAGAGGGCGAGGCGGGAGAGGCGGAUGACGAGGGCUAUAUCUGGUAAAGAGUCGAGCGUUUGAACCCGCAGCCUCCCUCUCUGUCUCUUCUUUUUUGUUUUUUCUCCUCUCCCCCAACGGCACCUCCAUGUCCCAAACACACGCAAACAACAAACCAGAGGAGGAAACUCCCAAGGUGGACAUUGAGAAGGGAAACGUAUCACUCGCGGUAAUAGUGGGGGUGUGCAGUCAAACAGCUUGUCCCUCAUAUUUGUGAAUCUUUGUUCUAUUCUCUUGUACGUACGUUUUAUUUCUAGGAGACUUUCUGGUAGAUUAAAAUGGCUGACCAUCUCUUAUUUCAUUCAUGAAUUAGAUUAGAAACUUUAUGAUUUUAUUUUUUUUUUUAAGUUGAAAGUAUACAGAGGACAUUGACUGUGACUUUAAAGUCCUCAUCUCAUGCGCUUGAGCUCAUGUGUGACAGUAGUGCUGUCUCAUUCUUAACGCGUCAGUCCCGCAGCUUGUAAAUAACGUCAAGUCCACGUUGUGUACCGGACGGGAGGUCACCGCGCCCCGGGCGCCUCUCGCUUAGGUGACAAGUGUACAUUGUAUCGUCGUGUGGGUCGCUUGUUGUGUUUAUUAAAAAAGGAGAUAAUAAGCAUUCAAUAAACGUGAGUGUGUGUGGUCGCAGCAGGCCACCGUACAUCGGAGUCUUUGUCUGAAUAUCGUAUAUGCGGUGCACGUAUUCACUUCCCG